AUAGCACACUCAACGCCCAGCAUGUCGGAGAGGAGGAGCCAUCGCCGGUCCUCCAGGGCUGGUGGCCGGGGGCGGACCCGCUCUCGCACCGUCCGAGCGGAGCUUUCGUUUUCGGUGAGCCAGGUGGAGCGCGGUCUACGGGAGGGCCACUACGCUCAGCGCCUGAGUCCCACGGCGCCGGUCUACCUCGCUGCGGUUAUCGAGUACCUGACGGCCAAGGUCCUGGAGCUGGCGGGCAACGAGGCCCAGAACAACGGAGAGAGGAACAUCACUCCACUGCUGCUGGACAUGGCGGUUCACAACAACAGGCUGCUGAGCACCCUUUUUGACACAACCACCAUCUCUCAAGUGGCCCCCGGCGGGGACUAGCUUCUGACGCCCGGCCCCUGGGACCUGGCAGGUCCACUCGUCCACCCACCCAGCCCCAAACUCCCCGGCCUCAAAUCCCCCGGCCCGAACCCCCGGCCUUAAAUCAACCCCCACCACCCGGGCCCCAAAGUCUUGGGUCUUCAUUAAUUCUGUCAAUAAAAUGUUUAAAGGAA